AUGUCUGUUUUCCAUGAUGAAAUCGAAAUUGAAGACUUCGAGUAUGAUGAAGAUGCCGAGAUGUAUGUGUAUCCGUGCCCCUGUGGCGAUCGAUUCGAAAUAUCUAAAGCGAUGCUGGAGGCUGGAGAGGAUGUUGCCACAUGUCCCAGUUGCUCGCUUAUUGUUCGAGUAAUCUAUGAUCCCGAUAUUUUCAUUAAUCUUGAGACACUACCAACAGCAAAAACUGCGCACCCAGCCAAAGUGAGCAACGCAUAA